CACACACAGCCAGCUAGUCACAACAGCCAGGACUUCAAAGGCAGCCAGAGUGUGUGUGAGUGUGAGUGACAGGAAGACACACACGAGCGAGGACAAUAAGAGCAGCUGAGGUGUGAUACCACAGAAGAGAGGGCAGUAGAUGGAGGCAAAGUUUUGAGACAUAGCAAAGAGAAAGUGACAAACGGUGCACUGAGACAUACAGCUUAUAGAACACAGGACGAGAUACAGAGAAGGAGAGCAGGGAAACAGAUAUUCACUUUUCUCCCUACAGAGCAUGGUUGCAGAGUGCACAUGGAUUUAGUCGACCUCUACCUCCCAGAGUGUUUCACCUACCACUCUGACACAGAACAUUUUGGCAGGAUGUCAGUGAGGGGCUUGGACCCCAUCUGUCCCCCCACUAUAAAGCGUGAGCCCUCCAGCCCCAGCCCCAGCUCUCAGGGCGACGUCAGCCCGCCCCAGCCCAGUCCUGGAAGCACUUCCUCGGACACAAACUCCAGCUACGGAGCCCUGAUCAAAGGCCACAACCUCAUCAGUGGGCUGGACUCACCAAGCCUCUAUGGUCACACAGCAGGGUUGGCCAACAAUGGAGGAGCAAACAGGAGGUUUGUUCAAGAGGAAACCCAAGUGAAGUGUGAAUUCAUGCUGGGCUCGGUGGCCAAGCGUGUGUGUCUGGUGUGCGGUGACGUUGCCUCGGGCUACCACUAUGGUGUGGCCUCCUGUGAAGCCUGCAAGGCCUUUUUCAAGAGGACCAUCCAGGGUAACAUUGAAUACAGCUGCCCAGCGUCCAAUGAAUGUGAAAUCACCAAGAGAAGAAGGAAAUCCUGCCAGGCCUGUCGAUUCGUGAAAUGUCUGUCUGUGGGCAUGUUGAGAGAAGGUGUUCGUCUGGACCGGGUUCGAGGCGGCAGACAGAAAUACAAAAGAAGAAUAGAUGCGGAGAACAGCCCGUAUCUGCACCCACAGAAUGCCUUACCUCAGAAAAGAACAUUCACUGUUGGCGGUGUGGUGGAGAACAAGGUGGUGUCUCUGCUGCUGGUGGCCGAGCCAGAGGGCAUCUUCGCCAUGCCGGACCCCACGGUGCCCGAGAGCGACAUCAAGGCUCUGACCACGCUGUGUGACCUGGCCGACAGAGAGCUGGUGGUGAACAUCGGCUGGGCCAAACACAUCCCAGGCUUCCCCUCCCUGUCUCUGGCUGACCAGAUGAGUCUGCUGCAGAGCGGCUGGAUGGAGAUUCUGAUCCUUCGAGUGGUGUUUCGCUCGCUGGCCUUGGAGGACAAGCUGGUGUACGCCGAGGAUUACAUCAUGGACGAGGAGCAGUCGAAGCUCGCGGGGCUGCUCGACCUCAACAACGCCAUCCUGCAGCUGGUGAAGAAGUAUAAAGCCAUGGGGCUGGAGAAGGAGGAGUUUGUGGUCCUCAAAGCUAUCGCACUCGCUAACUCAGACUCCAUUCAGAUUGAGGACUUGGAAGCAGUUCAGAGACUCCAGGACGUCCUUCACGGGGCCCUUCAGGACUACGAGGCCACCCACCGCCUGGAGGACCCUCGGCGGGCCGGCAAGCUAAUCAUGACCCUCCCUCUCCUCCGUCAGACGGCCGCUCGCGCUGUCCAGCACUUCUGCAGCAUCAAACAGGACGGCCGUGUGCCCAUGCACAAACUGUUCCUCGAACUGCUGGAGGCCAAGGCCUGACCCCAACUCAGACUGCCCCAAGCUGCUUCCUGACCCCCCGCAGUGGGUAACAGGAAGUGAAAGAUAACGGGUAAUGGUGGGGUUUGACACCAUGUAUUUGUCCAUUUCAGCUUUGACUUAAAGUUUUGAUUCUGCAAUCGGCAGGAAUUAUGUUUUAUAGGCAGGCAGACGAGACAUUUUAGAGCAACAUCCUUCCAACUCCCAAUGAAAGUUUGAAUGAAUUGGUUUAAUUGUCUUGACAACCAGGACAUUUUCAUUGUUGCUGUUUGUGCUGACCUGCUACGAAAAAGUCUAAAAGCGGACAGACAGCAUUAGAGCAGAAGAAAGCGCGUUCUAGAGAUAUUUAUAUUAACAUGCCAAACGUAGAGCUUCUUUUGUCAAAAGACCCAUGAUACUUGAAGAUCCUGAUGGAUUAUUUCAUCCAUCUUGAAGCCUGUUAAUCUGCAUUCUAGUGCAUUUAGAGAGCCUUUUGAUGAUUUGAUUUUGUCCUUUUGAAGAGUAAAGGUCAAUGUGUCCUAAGAGGUAAGUCUUGCCAAAGAGUAAAGACUCGUACUAUUAAUACCAGCAUUGGUCCACAAUAAUAUAAUGUGGCCUGUAAGACAUUCACAUAAACAUGUAUCCCUGCUGUGUUGUGUAUCGCAAAUUAUCUAACCACUACAUUCAUAUAUAAACAAUUAAAGGGAAGCUAUAAAGUGGUCGGCAUCUCUUAUAACAAUAAGCGGCGUCCUUAUUUUAGUAGAAAUGUUCAGGGAAAGAGUACUUAAUGAUACGUAAUACAAUUGUUCGACAGCAAAGUGUUAUUUAUUUAAAAGUGGCUCUGUUGGUUUGCUGUUUAUUUUUAUUUCCUAAUGUGGCAUUAACAAAGAGUAGAUUAAAGACAGUGGAUAAUACUUUUUUAAAAAGAUUUUUAAAUGAUAUCAUUGUAAGAUAAUUUUUUACUAGCUUCUCUGCUACAGCACUGAUGUACCAUAUCAUUUCUUCGAGGCAACAUGAUUAUAAUUAGAGAACGUACUUGAAGAUCAUAAUGUCGUAGAGUUGAUGUAAACACGUAGAUUAAAAUGUAACUAUGUAAAAUGGCUGCCACACUGUAUAAUCUGGAUUAGGGAGGCAUUUGAUGUCCUUUCUACGGUAGAAGUCUAUGUGUAGGAUGAAAUUUGUGCACUACUUUAGCCAUAAGGUCUGGGGAAACUGGUGAUGGCGCUCUGUUAAUCUGUUAGUGUGUUUUGUGUGAAGAGUAGUUAUAUCUAAAACUUGUCUUUUUUCCGCACAUGAUAAAUGAAGGGAAUAAACUGGGUAGGAAACGCAGUAAAAUGAAUAAAGGUCUUGCUCCUUAAGGUACUGUGACGCUAUAACGUGCAUAUUUUUGUGACAAGAUGACGGCAGCAGUAUGCCGGAUUAAAUGUAUGUACUGUACGUUUCGCUGUAUAUACGUCAUGUCUUAUGCCAACAGAGAUGUUUAAAGAUGCAAAUAAGCUUGGUUUGGAUGAGCUGUGCCGUGCUAUUUCAUUCUCAGGUGGAUUCUUGGGCAAUAAACAUGAUCCCCUUAAUGCAAA